AUGAGGGAAGUAAUUUCCGUGCACAUUGGACAAGCCGGUGUACAAAUUGGGAAUGCUUGCUGGGAGUUGUACUGCCUUGAGCAUGGGAUUCAACCGGAUGGCCAUAUGCCUAGCGAUAAAUCACUUGGCAAUGGUGAUGAUUCGUUUUCGACAUUUUUCUACGAGACAGGGCAAGGUCGUCAUGUUCCUAGAGCCAUACUCGUUGAUUUGGAACCGACAGUCAUUGAUGAGGUGCGCACAGGGACUUACAGAUCUCUCUUUCAUCCAGAGCAAAUGAUCUCUGGAAAAGAGGAUGCAGCCAACAACUAUGCUCGGGUGGACUUUGGAAAGAAGUCAAAGCUAGAGUUCUCUGUUUAUCCAGCUCCUCAAGUCUCGACAGCGGUUGUUGAACCGUAUAACUCGAUUCUCACAACUCAUACAACAUUAGAGCACAGUGAUUGUUCGUUCAUGGUGGACAAUGAAGCAAUUUAUGAUAUUUGUCGAAGAAAUUUGGGAGUUGAAAGGCCAAGUUACACUACACUAAAUCGGAUGAUCGGUCAAAUCGUUUCCUCAAUCACGGCUUCACUUCGUUUCGAUGGAGCGCUUAACGUCGAUUUGACAGAGUUUCAGACUAAUCUCGUGCCAUAUCCAAGAAUUCAUUUUCCAUUGGUGACUUUUUCUCCGGUUUUGUCAGCUGAUCGUGCCAAUCAUGAACAACUUUCUGUAUCAGAGAUCACCAAUAUGUGCUUUGAGCCAAAUAAUCAAAUGGUAAAAUGUGAUCCAAGACAUGGAAAAUACAUGGCUGUUUGUCUUCUUUAUCGUGGAGAUGUGGUACCAAAAGAUGUCAAUGCUGCAAUCGCUUCUCUAAAAACGAAACGAAGCGUUCAAUUUGUUGAUUGGUGUCCUACUGGAUUCAAGGUUGGAAUCAACUAUCAACCGCCGACAACUGUGCCCGGAGGAGAUCUUGCAAAAGUUCCGCGAGCUGUUUGCAUGCUAUCAAACACGACUGCAAUUGCUGAGGCGUGGGCUCGUUUAGAUCACAAAUUUGAUCUCAUGUAUGCAAAAAGGGCUUUUGUCCAUUGGUACGUUGGCGAAGGUAUGGAAGAGGGAGAAUUCAGCGAGGCUCGUGAAGAUCUUGCCGCUUUGGAAAAAGAUUAUGAAGAGGUUGGAGUCGACUCACGUUAUGAUAAUGGCGGUGAACAAGAUGAAUAU